ACGUGCAACUGUUCCCACAUUUCCAGUUUUAGCAGUCAAAUUCCUUCCACUCCUACUCUCUAGUUUUGUGGGUACAACUUUCCCGGGAAAAUCUUUUCUUAUCUUUCUCGAUUCUCAGAACCCUAGCACAAACUCAAUUCAUGGCCGUUCCUAAACUAGAAUUGAGACCCCUCGGAAACACGGGCCUUAAACUCAGCAGCGUGGGUUUCGGAGCUUCCCCUCUCGGCAGCGUGUUCGGUCCCGUCUCCGAGAGCGACGCCGUCGCUUCGGUCCGCGAAGCCUUCCGCCUCGGCAUCAAUUUCUUCGACACCUCCCCGUAUUAUGGAGGGACGUUGUCUGAGAAGAUGCUUGGUAAGGGACUCAAAGCUCUAGGGGUCCCUAGAAAUGAGUACAUAGUUUCAACAAAAUGUGGGAGAUAUCGUGAAGGUUUUGAUUUCAGUGCUGAGAGAGUAACUAAAAGCAUUGUUGAAAGCUUGGAGAGGUUGCAACUUGAUUAUGUUGAUAUACUCCAAUGCCAUGACAUCGAAUUCGGCUCUCUUGAUCAGGUUGUGAAUGAGACAAUUCCAGCUCUUCAGAAACUGAAGGAAGCAGGGAAAAUUCGAUUCAUUGGCAUUACGGGGUUGCCGUUGGAAAUAUUUACUUAUGUGCUUGAUAGGGUUCCACCAGGCACGGUUGAUGUGAUUUUGUCAUAUUGCCAUUACAGCAUUAAUGAUUCAACAUUGGAGGAUUUACUGCCUUACUUGAAGAACAAAGGUGUUGGUGUAAUCAGUGCAUCUCCACUUGCCAUGGGGCUUCUUACUGAGCUUGGUCCACCGGAUUGGCAUCCAGCUUCACCUGAACUCAAGUCUGGCUGUCAAGCUGCUGCAGUGUAUUGUAAAGAGAAAGGGAAGAAUAUUUCAAAGUUAGCUAUGCAGUACAGCUUGUCCAAUAAGGAUAUUUCGUCGGUGCUGGUUGGCAUGAACUCAGUUAAGCAGGUUGAAGAGAAUGUGGCUGCUGCUACAGAACUCGCACUUUUUGGGAAAGAUCUGGAAACUCUAUCUGAGAUUGAAGCAAUCCUGAAACCCGUGAAGAAUCAGACAUGGCCAAGUGGAAUUCAAAGGAGCUGACUGGUAUCCACCUGUAUUUUUUUGUUUUUGUAUGCAUGUUACCCCCCACAUUAGUUAUUAAUUCACAGUUUGUGAGUUCCUCAUAGGAGUGGGGGCAACCAUUCUAUUGUCAUGUUACUACUAUUCAGAUGACAAACAAUUUCCGUCUCCAUUGCCCAUGGGGAUGCUACUUCCUACUCACCGUCUCAAGAGCAUGGUGGAAAAUAAAUUAUAAAUGCAGUGUUUUAACUAUUUUUGCC